AUUCAAAACAGUACAUUACCAGAAAAAUCCUUUCUCUUUUCAACAAUCAGUUCCCAAAAGCUUGUUGGAAUCAGAAGGUCUUCAACCACUCCUGAAAAGACAAUAAAGAAGGAACCAUCUUAGAAAGGGAGUCUCAGAGUCUAGGAGCACCACAGAGAAAGCUGUCUCCCAUGUUCCCACCAAAUGUGCUUGUGAACGUAGUGGAAUAGAGAGUGGAGUCUCCCCGGAAGAUCUUAUUGCUCAGGCAAGCUCAUGGGAAGACACAGUCUUUCAGAUAGCAUAGAUCUGAGCCUCAUACAGCUUCAUAGGUCAUAACCAGCUCUUUGAAUUGUUCGUAUGAUUUAAAGGUUAAGGCUGAAACACACUGAACUGUGCGAGGGCAUCUAGUGAGCAUCACAGUCAGAGUGGGACUUGAACUGAGCUGCCCAACGUUAAACAGAAUGACACAUCUCAUUCCCCCUGCAAAUACCCUGUCUGUUAUCUGCUUUCUGUCUUGUCUUGCUUUUGUGUUGUUAUCUGCACUGCUCUCCAUAUAGCUGGUGUCUGAUCUUUGCCCUCCUGCUCUUGGCAGAUCAUUGAUCCUAAGAUGCCACGGGAAGGAAUGUUCCACCAUGGUGUCCCCAUCCCUGUGCCUCCUUUGGAGGUGCUGAAGCUAGGAGAACAGAUGACUCAGGAAGCACGGGAACAUCUCUACCUAGUCCUCUUCUUUGACAACAAGCGUACUUGGCAGUGGUUGCCCCGCACCAAACUUGUGCCCCUGGGUGUGAACCAGGACCUGGAUAAGGAGAAAAUGCUGGAAGGGCGCAAGUCCAACAUCCGCAAGUCUGUCCAGAUUGCCUACCACCGUGCCAUGCAGCACCGCAACAAGGUGCAAGGAGAGCAGAGCAGCGACUCCAGUGAGAGUGACUGACCCUCAGAGGGGCUUCCGCCCUGGGUGCCCGCUCAGUGCAGCUGGACUGUACGGGAGAGGGGAGCAAGGAGCUCCAGCCUUGAGAAAACCUUGGCCCUUGGCCAGGUUGCGGGAGCAUGUGCAGAGCACUCAGUGGUCCCUCCAGUGUGCUAGGCACACCUAUAGAGCACUGUGCCCUCCACGGGGGCAAGCCUACCUCUUGUGCCAGCCUGCCCUUCCUUGUUUUAAGCCUGGAAUUGCCCUGACCAGCUGCAUGAGCAAGACCCAGCUGCCUGUGUUGCUCCCAAGGACAAGACCCUGCUGUCUGGGUGCUCAGGCUUUAGGCCUUUGUAAAAUACUGUACAAUAGUGGGAGAAUGUAAAUUAUUUGGGCUGCUCAAUACACAUACCUGCACAUACAGAACCUGGACCCCCCAUCCUCAGUUUCCUUGCAUCGUAGCAACUGAUCCAGAUCCAUCAGCCUUUCCUUGGCCCAGCCCUACCGAAACUCUGCAGAGCAGGGCCGCUGUCUUCUCACUCGCACAUUUUGAUACUAUAGCUUUUUGGAAACUGGCUCUGCCUGACCCUCCCCCCUCGUAGGAACCCGGCUCUUCUUUCUGCUGCAGCCGGGUGGGCAUUUGUACUUGUAUUUAUUUUGGAGGAAGAAGAUCUCUAUUGAUUCUUAGAAAAUAAAAAUGGCCUUUCAGAACCAA